CACAUGCUUUUUUUGAACCUGAAACCCUCUUGAGAGAUCGGAUUCUUGUCUGUCACGGAAAUGCAAAGGGUCAAGGAAAUAGAGCCCUCUGUGGAAGAGAUGAUGAAAGAGGAGAAGCAGAGCCCGAGCUGCCUCGACUGCCUCGUGACCGUGAAGCGGACCCUCACCAGCACCGGCGCUCGGAUUUCCGCCCAAGUCAAGGAGAAGCCCCAUCUGGAGGCAGAGUCGCUUUCCGGGUCGGAACUAAAGACCCAUCCGGAGAUUCGGCCCGUGAAGGAAGAGGUAACUCUAGAAAACUGGGAUAUGCCUGUGGGUGAUGUGAGGGCCGGGAAAUCAGAGCUAAAGGAGGAGCCUUUAGAGUUUGGGGCUGAUGAAAAGGUUGAUAGGACUGGACGGUUGUGUGUAGAUAGUGUUAGGAAGAUGUCUUUUGAUGAUUUUAUUAAGGCUACGGAUACGAAAGUGAUGUCGAGAGGGAGGCUCUGGAGAAGAAAUCAGCUGAGAUUACUACCAUAUCAGAUGAGGAAAAGGUGAAAGUGAAACCUCAGAACGACCAGCAGAUCGUCCCUUGGGGAAUGUCGUAUGCGGGACCCAGCUUAAAAGAUCCCGAAGGAUAUAGAGGUAGAGGGCAUGUCGGUGGUGAGAGGAAGAAAGAGGAGCUGAAUCGGGUUGAUGCGAUUGAGGCCGUGCCCUUUAGUCGGGCGAAGCCCAGGUUAACACACGAGGGGCAUGACCCCAGUUUUGGAAGGUACGAUCAGAAGCCCACGAGCGUGAAGAAGGCAGUGGAAGACCGGCGCCUAAGCUGUGCCGUUAUCGAGGAUGGGGAUUUUGAUGUGGAGCCCGACUGGCUCUUUGUUGGGGGUGAGGUUGUUAAUGGGCUCUCGACCACCAAAGGGAGGAAACUAGUGGACAAUGAGAUUGUGCAUUUCAAGUUCUCAAUGACUACAAGUUACAGAAAUAACGCCCAAUGGAUCGUCCGGUUCUCGACUAAGAGACAUGGAGAGAUUGGUAGACUACCAAUGGAGUGGGCAAAGUGUGUUAUUCCCUUGGUGAGGUCAACGAAGGUCAAAGUUCUCGGAAGGUGUGUUACUGCUCCUGAGAACCUGCAAAUGAUGCAAGAGGUUAUUGUGUAUGUAAGCUUUUAUAUCCACUGUUCAAUUCUCAGAGGGGUCACCUCGUCUUGGAGGUUGGAUGGUCCCUCGAACAUCGACUCCACUAUAUAUCCCCUCCUGAAUCUGUUCAAAUUGUUGAACAUUAAACCGUAUCAGAAGGCCGAGUUCACUCCAGAAGAACUUGAUUCCCGGAAACGUCUGUUAAAUCUCAAUGGAGAUGCAAAUGUUGCAGUAUCAGCCUUGCCUGCAUCCAAAAGAAUAAAGGGCACACAACAGUAUUCAUCAGCACCGAAGCAGGACGAUGAACAAUCAAUCUCGGAAUCAUCCCUAAACAAAAUAGUUGGUGCUGCUGAAGUAUAUGAUUUGGAGGAGAAGGAGCCCCCGAGAACUCUCACGUGCAAUCUCAGGCCUUAUCAGAAACAGGCACUUUUCUGAAUGUCUGAAGCAGAGAAGGGAAUUGAUGUUGAGAAAGCAGAGACGACCCUCCAUCCCUGCUGGGCAGCUUAUCGUAUUUGCGAUGCGAGGGCUCCAUCAAUCUAUGUGAACAUCUUCUCGGGCGAAGCGACUACUCAGUUUCCAACUGCUAUGCAGAUGGCUAGAGGAGGAAUAUUAGCAGAUGCAAUGGGACUUGGGAAGACCGUCAUGACGAUUGCUCUUAUACUCUCAAGGCCAGGCAGAGGGAGCUCCGAGUAUCAGAGGGCAGGCCCACGAAGAGGCAAAGGCAGUACUCUAAUCAUAUGCCCAAUGGCUCUAUUAAGCCAGUGGAAGGAUGAGCUUGAGACACAUUCUGUGCCCGACAGUAUUUCGAUCUUCGUCCACUAUGGAGGGGACAGGACAAAUGAUCCAACGGUGAUCUCAGGAUAUGAUGUUGUAUUGACAACAUACGGUGUUUUAGCUGCAGCAUACAAAAAUGACGGACAAGAGAGCAUUUUCCACCGGGUAGAGUGGUACAGGGUGGUCCUGGAUGAAGCUCAUACAAUUAAGUCUUCGAAGACACAAGUUGCUCAGUCAGCUUUUACCCUGCUCUCUCAUUGCCGGUGGUGUCUCACUGGAACUCCUCUUCAGAACAAUUUGGAAGAUCUAUACAGUCUCUUGUGCUUCCUACAUGUCGAGCCCUGGUGCAACUGGGCAUGGUGGAGUAAGUUGAUCCAAAGGCCUUACGAGAAUGGCGAUCACAGAGGGCUGAAAUUAGUUAAGGCCAUACUGAGGCCUCUGAUGCUUCGACGAACUAAGGAAACAAACGAUAAAGAAGGAAGGCCGAUAUUCGUCCUUCCACCAACAGACAUCCAGGUCAUUGAGUGUGAACAGACAGAAGCUGAACAUGACUUCUAUGAUGCCCUCUUCAAUAGAUCAAAAGCCCAAUUCGACCAAUUCGUAGAACAAGGUAAGGUGCUGCACAACUAUGCCAAUAUCCUUGAACUCCUACUUCGGCUUAGGCAAUGCUGUAACCACCCAUUUCUUGUCAUGAGCAAUACACAGAAGUACGCUGACCUGAACAAGCUAGCUCGGAAGUUCCUUGAAGACAGUAAUCCUGAUCCCAUUGCCUUAAAGCAGAUCUUCCCCUCGAAGGCCUAUAUUGAGGAAGUUGUGGAAGAUAUUCGUCGAGGAGAGAACACCGAGUGCCCAAUAUGUUGGGAAUCUGCUGAUGAUCCAAUACUCACACCUUGUGCCCACAGGAUGUGCCGUGAAUGCCUGUUAUCGAGCUGGCUGUCCCCACAGUCUGGCAUGUGCCCACUCUGCAGGCAAAUGAUUGAGAAAACUGAUCUCAUUACGUGCCCUACCCAGAGCCGGUUCCGGGUUGAUGUGGAGAAGAACUGGAAGGAGUCAUCAAAGGUCUCAAAGCUAUUGAAAUGCCUGGAAUGGAUCAGGAAGUCAGGUUCGGGUAAAAAGAGCAUUGUUUUUAGCCAGUGGACUUCAUUCCUGGACCUCCUGGAGAUCCCCCUUAAGAGGAGGAAUAUCGGGUAUUUGAGAUUUGACGGGAAGCUUGCUCAGAACCAGAGGGAGCGGGUGCUCAAGGAAUUCAAUGACAGCAACCAGAAAGCGGUGCUUCUGAUGUCUCUGAGAGCCGGUGGUGUGGGCUUGAACUUAACUGCCGCAUCCAAUGUCUUCCUUAUGGAUCCAUGGUGGAAUCCUGCGGUAGAGGAGCAGGCGAUCAUGAGGAUUCAUCGGAUUGGGCAAAAGAGGACUGUCACGGUCAGAAAAUUCAUCGUCAAGGACACCGUUGAGGAGAGAUUGCAGCAAGUUCAGGCGAGGAAGCAGAGGAUGAUUGCCGGUGCCCUAACCGAUGAGGAAGUCAGAUCGGCCCGAAUCGAGGAGCUGAAGAUGCUGUUCAGAUGAUCCGUCUGCAACUUCAAUCUUCUUUUAGCAUAAUAUGUAAGGGAAUUUCCCAUUUUAGGAUGUCCUGCUGCCGUUGGGAACAUUGAUUGGGUUUUAGCCCAUUUUUGUAAAUAUACAUGGGAUGACAUGCAUUUUCACAUUAUGAAGUAAGCAAGCAGUCUAAUCUCAAUUCUCCA